AUGCCUCAGAACAUCCCGGCGGCGCCGACUGGGAUUUGCUGGCGACCUGAAUGCCAAACAACAAGCUUGGGGCAAAGUCGGCGCAAUCAAAACGGUACCAUUCUGAACAACGAUCUGCAGGAAGCGCAGUACAACAUCUUGAGUCCGGAAGCUUCCACCCGGUUGAGUAGGCCCAGUGCUCACGCCACCAUCGAUAUCUACAUCAGCAACAUGGGUAACAUAUCGCAACCUGUCGUGUAUCUGGCACUCAGCUCGGACCACUAUCCGGUGGUGGCUGAGGUAGGUUCUUCAGUUAACAAGUUCCAUCGGGUAGAUUGGUCGCAGUUCCAACACUGCAUUGACAUCAGUAUCGACUAUGACGUCCACCCGGAAACGACUGACGACAUCGACCGGUGUCUGCGCUCCAUCGAUGAAGUGAUUUCCCGGGCCAGGGAGCAACAUAUUCCAGUAUCCAAACAGGACUACGAAGAGCAAGAAGGUGUCGAAAAGGAGCAACUGGAGUUCGAGAAUCGCUACUACGAUGCGAAAUCGUUCUUGAUGGAGAAGGCCAAGAAGUUCCAGGAAGAAUCAGCACUAAACCAGUUAACACGGAGUGGGGACGCCGCCAGUCCACAUGGUACAAUGGACCGUGUAGGCCUGCCGCAAAUCAAGCUUCAGACUUUCGACAGAGACAUCGAUGAUUGGCUGAAUUUCAGAGAUCUCUACACCUCUUUGAUCCAUGAAAAGCCAGAUCUUCCGGAAGUGGAGAAAUUCCACUACCUCAAGGGUUGCUUAGCAGGCGAAGCUAAGGCACUAGUCGAUCCGUUAAAGAUCACUAGUAAUAACUAUCCGAUUGCUUGGGAGUCGUUGCUAAAACGAUACAACAACAGCAAAUUACUGAGGAGGAAGCAAGUUCAAGCUCUAGUGAAACUGCCUUCACUUACCAAGGAAUCGGUCACGGAUCUCCACAGAUUGGCUGAUGGAUUCGACCGUGCGAUUCAGAUAAUGGAUCAAGUCAUCGAACCAGCCGAAUACAAGGACUCUCGGCUGAAUCCAGUCACUCGACGUGGCUGGGAGGAACACACGUCCGCUAAGGAGCAAGACACUCUACAGGACUUGCAGGAGUUCCUACAACGGAGAAUUCAAAUCCUCGAGUCUCUACCAAAGGCAGAACUCAAAAACGAGCCGCAACAACCCAAAUGGAAGUCGUUUUCACCGAAGGUCAGCCACCACGCCGUACAAUGGAAUACCGCUAAGUGCCCAUCGUGUACGGAGGUUCAUGGACUACAUACGUGCCCAGCUUUCCUGGAAAUGUCGGUUCCAGCAGGGAGUCGUUCAUUCGAGCACAGUCACUCUGCCGAAACUGUCUCAAGAAGAAGCAGUAGAAAUGGAUCACCCAAGAAGGCCAAUUCGGGUAAAAGUGGUAACUUGAACGAUUCAAGUUCUGAUCCCAAGGCAGCGAAUGCCGCAUCGGUUCAGAUAGUAUCGUCGAACACAGCACAGAGUCACACGGCGCAGGUACUUCUGGCUACAGCAGUUGUUGUGAUCGAGGACAACCAGGGUUCUCGCUAUCCGGCACGCGCACUGUUGGAUUUCGGGUCGCAAUGCAACUUCAUCUCGGAAGAUCUAAGUCAGCUGAUGAAGGUCUCUAGUGAGAAGGUGGAUGUUUCGAUAUCGGGUGUUGGACAAACCGGAACGAGAGUCAAUCGCAAAAUCCAAGCUGUCGUCAAGUCUCGGUUCUUGUCAUACUCUCGAACGAUGGAAUUUCUCGUCUUGCCGAAGGUCACAGCUUGUCUGCCUACUUCUACAGUGCAGGCAAAUGGAUGGGACAUACCGGCAGACAUCGAACUGGCAGAUCUAGAAUUCUUCCGCUCGAGAAAGGUCGACUUGGUCAUGGGCAUCCAAGCUUUCUUCAGCUUCUUCCCAUCCGAAAGCGAGAUUCCACUGGGAACCGGUCUGCCAGUACUCACCGAAACAGUUAUCGUCAAUGGAACGGUUUGGUCUUGCAAGGAAGUGGGAGCCGUCAGCAAAUACACGCCGGACGAGACACGCUGCGAGGAGCUAUUCGAGCGUACAGUCGAACGGGAUGGUCAGUAA